AUGGUGGAUUCUCAAGAGGAACCGCUCAAACAGCCUCGGCGGCGACAACUUCCCAAGUGGCUGGACCAUUUCAACCUCCAUGACCUCAAAAUCUUCUUCCGCUGCUGGGCCGCGGUGUGGAUUUCAAUGCUUCUUAUCUUCAUUGACCCAGCACUCCAGAGCAUCGGCCUAGCCUCAUUCCUUGCCGCCAUUCUCUUGUUCAUUGUUCCGCCGGCUAGCAUCUUGUUCGUCUACCUGCUAGCUGCCCUCUCGCUAUUAUUCGGCAUGUGUCUUGCCUGGGCUUGGGGUCUUCUCACAAUGAAGGCCGCGUUUGCAGCGAGACCCAACAUCACCAUACAUGCCAGGCUUGCCGCGUUGCAGGAACAAGCUGCUGCAGCGGCCAAGAUAUCUGGUCAGAGCGUGGUAUGGGAGGCACAGAAGCUGGUUCACAAAGGCUUUCUGAUCGACGCACGUGUAGUAGUGGUUUUCUACGUCAUGGGCUGCUUCUUCAUAUACGUCCUGGCACGGUUGAGGUGCUCAAACCCCAAGCUCAUUGUCAUGCAGAUCUUUGGCACCAUUGUUACCGACAUCUUCAUACUCGUGGGCCCAACGGUUCCAAGUUUCCUGGGCAGUUUGGCCUCGGUUCUAGUGAAGCCGGGUGCUGUCGGCGCUGGACUUGGUGCAGCAUGCUGCGUUCUAUUCUUCCCCCAGUCAACAUCAUACGUGGUGCUGGGUCAGGUAGAGAAGCUCGUACGCAUGACGGAUAAGGCGUUGGACUCGACGCGCAAACGUCUAGCCGAUCAACACGUUUCCCUGGCUGAGCUAAGAGCAACCCGAGCCAACAUGAUUGCAGUUUUCAAAGCCAUACAACCAUCUCUUGCCUUUCUCCCUCUCGACUUCUCUCGUGGAAGAUGGAAUUCAGACGAUGUUCAUGGCUUGCAGGGGCGUGUUCGAGAGGUCAUGUUUGCGAGCCUGUAUUUGAUCGACUUCCACAUCGCCAGGAUACGGGCAGCUCAAAAGCAGGAAGAACACUCGGUAACGCGUCACGACAAAGGCGGCGGGCGAGCUAUAGAGAAAGAAGGGUAUGAAAUUGGUCAACGACACCGGUUUGAGAGCGCCAACCUGAUGGAGGCCCUUCAAACACCCGAGACCGCCGCCAUCCGCUCCCGAACAAGGACGACACUGGAACAGACCACCUCUGAAGUGCUACAAACAGGCUCCGAGGCUAUCAAGCUCGCCAGCGACUACAUUCAUGCUGUUAACUCAUGCCGAUGGUUUGGAAAACCCUCUCAGUCUCAAUUUGACGAGUUGGCACGCCAUAUGCAAGACGCUCUCGCCGCCUCCCGUGCUGCAAGGCAAACCUGCAUUGUCAACACCACAAAAGGCGUCCUUGAAACUCAUGCCGAGCUGUUUGACGAGAAUGGUCGACUUAAGCAUAUCGAAGGCACGGAUAAUCUGUUUCUUCCCGGUAUCGUUAUUUCCAUGGUGGUUGAGGAGCGGAUAUUGAACAUGGUAGAAACAACAGAGAAGCUCCUUGACUACAUUCUCCAACUGUCGCAGAUACGAACUACUCAUCGCAUCUGGAUCCCUUAUCGUUUUCAAUAUGCCAUUUCCUGGUUAUUCAACGGGCGGCUUACCAUUCCAGUCUCUGGCACAUCAAACGAGGACGACCCUGACUUGACCAAGGACUCCGCUGCGUUCGAUGAGCAGACAAAGGAGGCUCGAAGACGCCUGGAGAUUAGCCGAGUGCACCAAGGCUCGUCCUCCCGCAGAAACCCUUUGAGCCGUGUGCUAAUUGCAACUUACGGAUGGCUCACAAACCCCGCUGGCAUGUUCGCAUUUCGGAUGGUUAUUGUGACCAUUGCACUGUCCAUUCCCGCAUCACUUCCUCGCACCGCGGGCUUCUUUUAUCGAGAAAAGGGUAUCUGGGCCGUCAUCAGCGCUCAGACAUGUCUAGUUGUGUAUCUGGCAGACUUCACCUUCUCCCUAGUUGCGCGGACACUGGGGACAGUCCUUGGCGGCGUAAUGGGCAUGGUUGCAUGGUAUAUCGGAUCAGGCCAUGGCCCAGGGAAUCCCUAUGGUAUGGGAGCCAUCACAGCUGUGAUGCUUGUUCCACUAAUGUGGUGGCGAAUCUUUCUACCCCCAGCGUACGCCCAGGCGAGCAUCAUGGCUGGAGCCACCUUUGCCCUCGUUGUUGGUUUCAGCUGGGAUCAUGACCACAUUCAACAAUAUGGACUUCCAGGCAAGGGUGAAGUUGCAUUCUGGAAACGGCUAGUUACCGUCUUGAUUGGAUUCGCUGCCGCAUUCAUUGUGCAGCUUUUUCCGAGUCCUCCCUCGGCUACGACUCAUGUCUGCAAGACACUCGCAAACUCUGUCCGAACGCUUUCUGAUCACUACGCCCUCCUCAUCUCUCACUGGGGUCGAGCGGAUCAAAACCCAGCACUCAGCACGGUAGCAGAGGAGGUAUCUAUCGAGGUAUCAGAGGUCCUUAUGUCGCUCAGUGCUUCGAUUGGCCUUCUCAAGGGCGAGCUCAGCUUCGGACCAUUCAAUCAACAAGUCCUCGUACAAGCACAAGAGCAGUGUCAGUACAUGAAUCAGGCUCUUGGAAGUCUUCUCAAGCUGGCGGGCUCUCUCCCAAAGGAACUACAGGAACGACUCGUUCGCACGGCGGGUAUCCUCGAUGACCGUUCCAUUGGAGACAUCAUGGCCGUGCUUGGCAUUAUUGAGCAGGCUUUCAGAACGGGUUCCCCUCUACCAGAGAGGCUGCCUGCACCUCUCGUCCGCCAGGCCAUCGAGGCGUACCUCGCCCAGGGCGGCGAUGCCAUCUUAACCACGACACUAGUGAAGGACGAGAACCACCGACGAUAUUGCGUGGCAGUAACUCUGUAUCUGAAGUUCCUGACCUCGGUUGACGACUUGCUAUUGGUCCUCAAGGCGGCAUUGGGGGAGCGACAUAUCAUCUACCAGUGGGAGGACGCCUGA